AAAACAACAGGAGUUAAAGUUGUGGGACAUAAGCUUGUAGUAUUGUAGUUUUAUUCCGCGAAAUGUAAAAGUUAGUUGCGCUGUAAAGAGUUAAAAAAAGACUUAAAUGAAAGGAGCUUUUUAAAGGCUUUAUUUUGUAAUUGUAAGAUUGCGUGAAGUGGAUGCGGCUGUGGACACGGUGCUUCAUACCUCUUAGAAAAUGACUUAAACCACACGGAUUUAUGUCGUUUUUAAGAAAAAACCAAAUAGUUUUGGGCUCUUUCUUACUUGCAUAGUUUUCCCACUUUGGACUUGACUGGACUGAACAGUCUGCUGACAGCAGAGGUGGUCACAACGUGUUGAGAGGUCAGACUCGCCAUCAGACAAAUUCAGUGAAUAUAAAGACGGAUUAAUUGGUUACCAUGGCAUCACGAGGUGAAACCGGAGUGGGCGGAGCCAAUGAAGAGUUCAGCGACAGAAUUAAGUGGAGAGCUGAUGAGCAUGAUGCAGUUCAGAAGAAAACGUUCACCAAAUGGAUAAAUGCACAAUUCUCCAAGAUGGGGAAGACGACCAUCAAAGACAUGUUCUCUGAGUUGAGGGAUGGAAGGAAGCUGUUGGACCUGCUGGAGGGCCUCACCGGCACCACUCUGACCAAAGAGCGAGGCUCCACCAGAGUACACGCGCUCAACAACGUCAACAAAGUUCUUCAAGUCCUUCAUCAAAAUAAUGUGGAUCUGGUGAACAUCGGAGGGACAGAUAUUGUUGAUGGGAACCACAAACUGACCUUGGGUCUCAUCUGGAAUAUUAUCCUUCACUGGCAGGUUAAAGACGUCAUGAAGGACAUCAUGUCCAACCUGCAGCAGACCAACAGCGAGAAGAUCUUGCUCAGUUGGGUACGUCAGUGCACGCGUUCUUACCCUGAAGUCAACGUGUUCAACUUCACCACGAGCUGGUCCGAUGGCUUGGCGCUUAACGGGAUCCUGCACCACUUCAGGCCCAACGUGUUCCGCUGGCAGCAGGUGGUCAGAAUGAGCCCCGUGGAGCGAUUGGACCAUGCAUUCACUCUCGCCAAAGAACAGCUGGCUAUAGAGAGACUACUGGACCCUGAAGAUGUGGCGGUGCAGUUGCCAGAUAAAAAGUCUAUCAUCAUGUAUGUGACUUCGCUGUUUGCCGUCUUGCCCAAAGAUGUUAGCAUGGAUGCCAUCAGAGAAGUGGAGACCCUGCCGCGCAAAUACAAAGUAGAGGCUGAGGAGCCAGGCCUCACUUCAAAGAAUGUACACAUGGAGGAAGGAGGCAGCAGCCCACGGCCAGAGACUCCCAGCACGCUAACGGAGACAGAGGGGGAGAUGGACUCCGGCCUCCUGGACGUGGACCUGGACAGCUACCAGACCACACUGGAGGAGGUGCUGACCUGGCUGCUCUCGGCCGAGGAUGCCCUGCAGAGUCAGGACGAGGUGUCGAAUGAUGUGGAAGAAGUCAAAGAGCAGUUCCACACACAUGAGGACUUUAUGAUGGAGCUGACGGCACACCAGAGCAGCGUGGGUAAUGUGUUGCAAGCUGGCAACCAACUGAUUGCCCAGGGCGCCCUGACUGAUGAGGAAGAAGAUGAAAUCCGGGAGCAAAUGGCUCUCCUUAACUCCCGCUGGGAGAGCCUCCGAGUGGCCAGCAUGGACCGCCAAGCCAGGCUUCACGAAGUCCUGAUGGAGCUUCAGCAGGAGCAGCUGCAGCAGCUUUCUGAUUGGCUCACACAGACCGAGGAACGGAUCAGGACCAUAGAGACUGAGCCGGCCGUGAACGGCCUGGACGGCUACAAAACACAGAUAGAGCAGCACAAAGAGCUUCAGAAUGACCUGGAAGCAGAGCAGGUGAAGGUCAACUCUCUAACACACAUGGUGGUGGUGGUGGAUGAGAACAGCGGUGAGAGCGCCACUGCUGUCCUGGAAGAACAACUACAGUCUUUGGGUGAGCGUUGGGCUGCUGUUUGUCGCUGGACUGAGGAGAGGUGGCAGAAGCUCCAGGAAAUCUUCAUGGUGUGGCAGCAGCUUCUAGCAGACCAGAAUUUGUUUAGAACAUGGUUGGAACAAAAGGAGGAAGCCUUGACUGAAGUGCAGACCUGCAGCUUUAAGGACCCCAGUGAAAUGAAUGCCAAUGUGCGCCGAUUAGCAACUCUAAAGGAAGACAUGGAAAAGAAGAAGAGGACUUUGGAUCAGCUGUCUGAUGCAGGACAAGAUGUGAUAUUGUUACUUCGGAGUCCUGAGGCCAGAGCCCAAAUUGAGGGAGACACAGAGGAACUGGCUCAUAGAUGGGACAGCCUGGUACAAAAGCUUGAGGACUAUUCCUUCCAGCUAAUGGAAGCUGUGACCAAUGCCGGGAUGACUCAGUUAGAGGAACAAGACAUUGUGGAUACAGUUGCCAUAGCUGCAGCUGACCAGGAGUUUGCCCCACCUGCUCCCGCCAAAAGAAGAUUGAUGGAGACAGAUAUAGAAGUCAAGCAAGUAUUCAAGACUAACCUCUCUGACCUCUUGAUAUGGAUUAAAACAUGGAAGCGCACAGCUCAGAGCCUGGCAGCUGCACAUCCAGAGAGUACAUCAGGCAACCUAGACCCGCAGGACAAAUUAAAGGCCUUGGAGUUGGAACUUGCAGCAAAGGAAACCGCGAUUAGUCAAGUGGUCCAGGAGGGGCGGGGCUUGAUGGAGCAGCUGGAGAGAGGGGGGGUUUGUGUGGACGCUGUGAAGGCAGACCUAGACCGGAUCCAAGCGGAGUGGGACGCAUCUGAGCGAGAGCUGCAGGCCGCCCGCGAGCGAGUUCUGGCUCAGAGCCGCGUCACAGCAGGAUCUGCACAGCUGGCAGACCUGGAUCAGGCUUUGGAAAAACAGGACCAGUGGUUGGACUCCACGGCAACUGUGGAAAAGUGCGACGAGUCAGAGCUCAGAGGACUGAGUGGAGAAUGUCAGACUCGACUGGCCCAAGUUGCAGCACUGAGCCCUCGACUGGAGCAGCUGUCUGCAGAGGUGGCAUCACUGGGGGCCACACUGUCUUUGAGAGACCACCUGGUGGUGGUGUCGGACCAUUACGCCUCCACGCUGCAGUGGCUGCAGAACAGAGAGCACGAGGUCAACAAAGCAUUGGACAGUCUCCAGGGUGUGGACACUAAGCAUCUAGGCCUGGUGGAAGGUCUAGAGUCUAGACUGGCUAUUUUGAGGGAAGGAAUAGUUGACCUCCCGACUGCUGAGAAGAAAGUGGAACAAGCACAGAGCCUCUGUUUGGAGAUCGAGCAAACGCAGCAAGCCUCAGAUCCUGCAGAACUACAAAAAUGGAGUCAGCUCUCCUCCAAGGCCCGUGAGGAACUGGCCACGCUGAAGUGCAUUAUGGGUAGCCUGAAGGAUAAUCAGGUGCGCACUGUGGAGGUGGAACGUUGGUUGGAUGCGGUUCAGAAACUGUUGUCUCGGGAUGCGACAGAAUUAUGCAACACGGAAGGUCUGCAGGAUGAGCUCAACCAGUGCAAGGAAUAUGUGCAGGAGAUGGAGUCAGUUGAAAGUUCAUUAAAGCAGAUGGGAGAGAAUGAGAGUGCCAUUCAGGGGGCUGCAGUUCCAGGAUUGGCCUUGUGGGGGCAGGAUACAUUGGAUGAAUGCAAGACCAGAUGGGAUGCACUCAGUAAACAGUUGCUGAGCCAUCAGGAACGUGUGGCGGAGAGUCAAGAGAAGCAGGUGAAUCUAAAGAAAGAUUUGGCGGAGAUGCAGGAGUGGAUGACACAGGUGGAUGAGGAGUUCCUCAUGAGGGACUUUGAGUACAAGAGUCCAGAGGAGCUGGAGGCCUCACUGGAGGAGAUGAAGAGGGCUAAAGAGGAUGUGCUACAGAAGGAGGUGAAAGUAAAAAUCUUGAAAGACAGCAUCAACAUGCUGGUGUCCAGAACCUUGUCCCCUGGCAACAAAGAGGAGCUGACCUCAGAGCUGGACGGAGUACUCGCCAAUUACCACAAACUCUGUGACCGCUUCAAGAGCAAGUGCCACACCCUAGAGGAGGUGUGGUCCUGUUGGAUGGAGUUGCUUCAGUACUUGGACGUGGAGCAGAGUUGGCUUAACACCCUGGAGGAGAAAGUUCAAGCAAGCAACAACCUUCCAGAGAGCGCUGAUGCUGUCAACGAAGCUCUGGAGUCUUUGGAGACUGUGCUGCGCCACCCCGGGGACAACCGGACGCAGAUCAGAGAGCUGGGACAGACGCUCAUCGAUGGAGGCAUACUGGAUGAUCUCAUUAGUGAAAAACUAGAGGCCUUCAAUUGCCGCUACGAGCAACUCAACCACCAGGCGGUGAACAGGCAGAUUGACCUGGAGCAGCAGCUGCAGACGCUGAAGGAAAACGAGCAGGCGCUGCAGACGCUGCGGGAGGCUCUGAGCCAGCUGGACCACACGCUCACCUCCUACCUCACUGACCGCAUCGACGCUUUCCAGCUCCCGCAGGAGGCCCAGACUAUCGGGGCAGAGAUCGCAGCCCACGAGGUGACAGUUGAUGAGUUGAGGAAGAAGAACGUUACCAACAUGCCUCCACCCACGACUGACAGCAAGAUGAUCCGUGGUGGAACCAUGCUCGACCAGCUGCAGAGAAAGCUGAGAGAGAUUUCCACAAAGUACCAGUUAUUCCAGAAGCCUGCCAACUUUGAGCAGCGCAUGUUGGACUGUAAGAGGAUCUUGGAUGGCGCCAAGGCUGAGCUGCACGUUCUGGAUGUCAAGGAUUUGGAACCAGACAAAAUCCAGACUCACCUUACUGGUUGCAUGAAAUUGUACAAGUUGUUGAGCGAGGUGAAGCUGGAAGUGGAGACUGUGAUAAAGACGGGCCGACAAAUUGUGCAGAAACAGCAGACUGAGAACCCCAAAGCCAUGGAUGAACAGCUGACUGCACUCAAACUACUCUACAAUGAACUGGGGGCUCAGGUAACCGAAGGCAAACAAGAUCUGGAAAAAGCGUUGUCUCUGUCCCAAAAAUUCCAGAAAGAUAGCGCCGCCCUGCAGGACUGGCUGAGCACGCAUGAAGCUCAGCUCCAACAGAAGAACGGCAGCGGCGACAUGCCGGCUGACAUCGAUGCUGAGAUUGCAUGGUGUAACAACCUGCUAAAGGAGUCGGAGCACUAUAAGGUGGAGCUGUCAAACUUGAUGGAGACGAGUGCCGGGCUGCAGACGCUGGUGGAGGGGAGCGAGGCUCAGCUGGAGAACAAAAUCUGUGGCUUUGAUGAAGCCUGGGGCCGCGUGCGCACGUGGACAGAGGACUGGCUCAGCGCUGUGCUGAGUCACCAGAAUGAGGUGGAGAUUUUUGAUGAGAACCUGGCUCACAUCAGCACCUGGCUCUACCAGACCCAGAUCCACCUGGAUGAGGCGGAGCGGCUCCCCCUGGCAGAAAGGGAAAAGGUGGUCAAGCGCAUGCAGGAGGAGCUGGAGGACAUCAGCCUACGUGUGGACAGCGUGAAGGACCAGGCUACCAUCCUGAUGACCAGCAGGGGGCCCGCCUGUCGAGAUGUGGUGGAGCCCAAACUAUCGGAACUCAACGGCAACUUUGACAAAGUUUCCCAGCACAUCCAAACCGCCGCGAUGAUGACCAGUUUGGAGGCCGGUGAAGUUGAGAUGAACCAGCAAGCACUUGAGCAGGAGGUUCGAGUAGAGAACACAUGUCCAGCUGGUUCCAAUGGUGCUGUGGUGAACAGUGAGGUGCACGACCUACAGGAAGAGCUGUACAAAACACUCGGGACGCUGCAGCAGCAAUCACAUAUCCUCGACGAUGAUAAGAUGGACAAGGAGAAAGCCGGCGUGGAAGACCUGCUGAGGCGAGGAGAAGAAUUACUGCAGCAAACUUCGGACGAAGGGCAAAGGGAGGAGUUGCGACUUUUGCUGCUUCGGCUUCAGAGUCAAUAUUCUGCUCACAGGGAGUUUAGGAUGCUACGCUUGAACAUAGACGUUUCUGUGGAGUCUUCGUCGUCUCGCAGCUUCACAGAGGAGGCGGAAUUUUCUGUGGAGGACGGGUCUCCAACAGAGCGGACCGUCGCUUCUUCACUGAGUCCCUCUGACUACGUGUUGGACAUCAACAAAGUUCUUCUGGCCAUGGCUGACAAUGAGCUGCUCCUGAACUCCUCUGAGCUCAGCGGGGGGCUCUAUGAAGACUUCUCCAGCCAAGAGGACAUGCUCAAGAGCAUCAGAGACAAUCUGGACCGUCUGGGCGAACAGGUGACCGGAAUCCAUGAACGCCAUCCUGACGCCAUCCGGGACGCUUCGCCCACCGAGGUGGCCCAGAUCGGAGACGCCCUCACACAGCUAAACGCCGAGUGGGACCGACUUAACCGCAUGUACAAUCACCGCAAGGGAAGUUUUGACUGUGCCAUAGAGGAGUGGAGGCAGUUCCACUGUGACAUGAAUGACCUGAACCAAUGGCUGACUGACACAGAGGCGCUGCUGUCUGAGAGCAUUGGGCGUGACGGACAGCUGGACCUGGAAACUGCACGGCAGCACCAAGAGGAGCUGGAGGCAGACCUCGCCAGCCGCCAGCUGGUCCUUUCCACACUGACCCGCACUGGGGAGCAGAUCAUUGGUCAGCUGUCAUCUCCUGAUGGGCCACUGCUCGAAGACAAGCUAGAAACUUUGGGUCAGCGCUGGAGAGUCGUCAACCGGCAUGUGAUGGACAGACAGCGCAGGCUGGCCGGAGGAGAUCCAACGCUGGCAGAAUUGGAGAGGAGAAGCAAAGAGCUUGCUUUGUGGCUGGAGCAGACAGAAAACGCAGUCAGCUCCUUCCCUGUCACUGCCACCGACCAAAACCUCAAAGAACUCAAGGUGCUUGCUGAGGAAAUGGGUGUGCAAAAUGAGCGUUUGUGUUGGCUGAACAAGCACGCGCCUCAGAUCCUGUCCAGUCCCCGUGUCCAUCCUCACAGCAGAGAGCAGCAUGUCGGCAAACUGAGAGCCAUCAACCUCAACUGGAGCAAGGUGACUCAUGAAUUGCUGGAUAAAGUCGGGGGGGUGGAGGCCAGCCUGCAAAGUCACAGGCAGUUCCAGGACGGGGUGAACAGGUUGACUGACUGGGUCGUCAUCACACAUCAGACGCUCGUGACCAGAGGCGUGAGCCCCGCGCAGGCACAGGCGCUGGCAGCUUCCAUGAAGGACAGGAAAAAGGACCUGGAGGAUCUGUUGGCUCAAUCUAUAGAACUGCAGAGACGACAGCAGCUGUUGCCUCAGGAGAAGAUAAAGGUGGAGCAGCUGGCAGCUGACUGGAAAGCUCUGGAUGGUCAGUUGAGAGAAUCUCUCCAGCCCCCUGCGUCCCAGUGGAUGCAGCAACAGCACAUCGUCCAACACCAGCAGCUUGUUUCUUCCGUCCCGUCAGCAGUUCAGAUGGCCAGCUUGGUGAGCGAAGACCCUCACCACCAAACCCCGCACACCCCGGACACUGUGGCACCCACAGACCUCAAUGAGACCGCCACUGAACUGGCGAACUGGCUUCUCCUCAUCACCCAAAUGCUGAAAUCCAACAUCGUCACUGUUGGGGACACGGAGGAGAUCAGGGCCACCAUGGGACGCCUUCUGGUGACGAAGAAUGACCUUGAGCAGCGCCACCCCCAGUUGGAGGACAUUUUCACUCUGGCGCAGAACAUCAAAAACAAGACGUCCAACCUGGACAUUCGCACUUCUAUUACUGAGAAAUUGGAGAAGGUCCGCAGCCAGUGGGAUAGCACACAGCACGGCGUAGAGGCACGCCUGCAGCAGCUGGACAACAUGAUCGGCCACAGUAACCAGUGGGAGGAGCAGAGGAGGGAUGUCAAAGCAUUUAUUGUUCAGAAUGAGGGGCGAUUCCACAAUCUGCUGCAGCAGUCCAGAGAUCCUCUGACAAAACAGCUUUCUGACAACAAGAUGUUCCUUCAGGACCUGGGCCGAGGCCAAGCCACAGUCGCGGCCUUCAAUGAGCUGUCUGCUCGUCUCCUGCAGGAGUAUUCUUCUGACGACACCAGGCGCAUUAAAGAGGUCACGGACAAACACAACGCUGCGUGGAACAGCAUUAAUAACAGGGCGAUCGAUCGGCAGGCCCAGUUGGACAGCGAGCUGAAGGGCCUGCAGAUGUCUCUCAGAGAACUGGAGGGCUUCCUCAAGUGGCUCCAGGAGGCGGAAACCACGGUCAACGUUCUCGCUGACGCCUCCCAGAGAGAGGGGCUGUCGCAGGACUCCACCGCAGUGAAGGAACUAAGGCGACAACUGGAGGACAUCCAGGCUGAGAUCGAUGCCCAUAAUGACAUCUACAAGAGCGUGGACGCGAACAAGUCGAAGAUGGUCAAGGCUCUGGGAAGCUCAGAGGAAGCCGUGUUCCUCCAGCACAGAUUGGACGACAUGAACCAGCGCUGGACUGACCUGAAGGCAAAGUCGGCCAACAUCCGAGCCCAUCUGGAGGCGAGUGCAGAGCGCUGGUCUCGUCUGCUCGUCCUCCUGGAGGAGCUUUGGAGGUGGAUCUGCAUGAAGGAUGAAGAGCUGGCCAAGCAGAUGCCCAUCGGAGGAGACGUGCCCACCCUGCUGCAGCAGCAGAACCACUGCACGGCGUUACAGUCUGAGCUGAAGGAGCGCGAGCAUUUGGUGAUCAGUACUUUGGACCAAGCUCGGACUUUUCUCGCCGACCAGCCCAUUGAAGGCCCCGGGGAGCCGCGCAAGAACCUUCAACCCAAGACUGAACUCACUCCAGAGGAGAAGGCUCGCGGAUUAGCCCGAGCUAUUCGCAAGCAGACUGGUGACGUGAGGGAGCGAUGGGAGCGCCUGAAAGGGCACGUGGGCGGCUGGCAGAGUCAGGUGGAACGAGCCUUGGAGCGGCUCCAGGAGUUGCAGAGCUCCAUGGACCAGUUGGACCUGAGGUUGACUCGGGCAGAGGAAGCCAAAGCUGCCUGGCAACCUGUAGGGGAUCUGCUCAUCGACUCUCUGCAGGACCACAUCGAAAAGACUGUGGCCUUUAAAGAGGAGAUUAGCCCGUUGCGUCAGGACGUGCGGCUCGUUAAUGAGCUCUCUGCAGAGCUGACGCCACUGGACAUCCAGCUGUCCUCCACCGCCUCCAGACAACUGGACCAGCUGAACGUGCGAUGGAAACUGUUACAGGUGUCGGUGGACGACAGAUUGAAGCUCCUUCAGGAAGCACACCGAGACUUUGGGCCAUCCUCACAGCAUUUCCUCUCCACUUCCGUGCAGCUCCCCUGGCAACGUGCGGUUUCUCAAAAUAAGGUUCCAUAUUACAUCAACCACCAGGCACAGACAACCUGCUGGGAUCAUCCAAAGAUGACGGAGCUCUACCAGUCACUAGCCGACUUGAACAAUGUGAGGUUCUCAGCGUACCGAACAGCAAUGAAGCUCCGCCGGCUGCAGAAAGCCCUGUGCUUGGACUUGUUGGACCUCGGCGUCGCCCAGACCACCUUCGAGCAGCACAAGCUCACCAACAACAAUCAGCUGCUGUCGGUUCCCGAUGUCAUCAACUGCCUGACGUCGAUCUACGAUGGUCUGGAGCAGGAGCACAAGGACCUGGUCAACGUGCCGCUCUGCGUCGACAUGUGUCUCAACUGGCUGCUGAAUGUUUACGACACUGGCCGGAAUGGGAAGAUCCGCGUCCUGUCCAUGAAGAUUGGAUUGCUCUCGCUCUGCAAAGGGCACCUGGAGGAAAAAUACAAAUACCUGUUCAGCCAGGUGGCGUCGGCGGGCGACACAUGUGACCAGAGGCAGCUGGGGCUCCUGCUUCAUGAAGCCAUCCAGAUCCCGAGGCAGCUGGGGGAGGUGGCCGCCUUUGGAGGUUCGAACAUCGAGCCGAGCGUCCGCAGCUGCUUCCAGCACGUGCCCAAUAGGGUGGAGCUGGAGCCUAGGCAGUUUGUUGAUUGGAUGCGACUGGAGCCCCAAUCCAUGGUAUGGCUUCCUGUUUUGCACCGAGUGGCUGCUGCAGAGACCGCCAAACACCAGGCCAAGUGUAACAUAUGCAAGGAGUGUCCAAUCGUUGGUUUCAGGUAUCGCAGUCUGAAGCAUUUCAACUACGAUGUGUGUCAGAGCUGCUUCUUUUCUGGGCGCACCGCCAAAGGCCACAAGCUCAACUACCCCAUGGUGGAGUACUGCACGCCGACGACAUCUGGCGAGGACAUGCGCGAUUUCACCAAAGUGUUGAAGAACAAAUUCCGAUCUAAGAAGUACUUUGCCAAGCAUCCGCGGCUAGGCUACCUUCCGGUCCAGACAGUUUUGGAGGGUGACAACUUGGAAACUCCGGUCACCCUCAUCAGCAUGUGUCCGGAGCAGUACGAGCUGUCCCAGUCACCUCAGUUUGCUCAUGACGAUACCCAUUCCAGGAUAGAGCAGUAUGCCAGCAGGUUGGCCCAGAUGGAGCGCUCCAACGGCUCUCUGCCUACAGACAGCAGCUCAGCAACAGGAAGCAUGGACGACGAGCACGCCUUGAUCCUGCAGUACUGUCAGACGCUGGGAGGAGAGUGCUCUCCCUGCAGUCAACCACAGAGUCCCGCUCAGAUCCUUCAGGCUGUGGAGCGGGAGGAGCGUGGCGAGCUGGAACGGAUCAUAGCGCGCCUGGAGGAGGAGCAGAGGACCCUGCAGCGUGAGUACGAACAGCUGAAGGAGCAGCGCGGGGCGCAGGUGGGAAGCCGCUGGGAGUCGGAGGGCUCCUCCGCCCAACUGGAUGAGGCCGAUCUUCUCGCCGAAGCCAAACUUCUACGUCAACACAAGGGCCGGCUGGAGGCCCGAAUGCACAUCCUGGAGGAACACAACAAGCAGCUGGAGUCUCAGCUCCACCGCCUCAGACAGCUGCUGCACCAGCCGGAGGUGGACUCGAGGGUAAAUGGAGUGUCCUCUCCCAGUGUACAAGAACGAGGGCAGCUUACUGAAAAUUCUGAUGAGCUUCUCGACUCCCACAACAGCAGCUCUGACCUGGCAGAUGUAAUGGAGCAGAUUAACAACACCUUUCCCGCAUGCAGUCCUUCGAGCCUCUCCACGAGACCACAGGUGAUGUGAGGACGGACGCCACUGAACGCAACUUUUGCGUGUGCACAGUUAGCAACCAGAGAGACGGGACCACGGACAAACACAAACCACCCCAACCCUAAAUCCCAAAGACACACAGGACCAGACUGUUUUUACCACCUUGUCUUGUACUAUGCAAACUGUAAAUUUUGUCAAGUGUAGACUGUACAUGCACAUUCGUCAGUGAGUCGUUUGGAUAUACGAGCACGAGGGCUUUGUUUAGAAAAACAUGUUU